AGAGAGAGAGAGAGAGAGAGAGAGAGAAAGAGAUGGCUGAGGUUGGAAUCCCAUAUCUUAAUUUUUCUGAUGGGGCUUUAGAUUUAGAGAAAGACAGUGAAGCAUGGAGGGUUUUGAGUGACAAAGUUAGAGAGGCAUGUGAAAGCCAUGGUUGUUUCUUGGUGAGGUACAGUGAUAUCCCAAUGAAACUACUUGAAAACAUGUUCAUGGGCAUGGAAUCACUGUUUGAUCUUCCUCAAGAGAUUAAAGACAAGUAUAAGGACCCUAACCAGUAUGACAAGUACAUGAGCUCCUCCUUCAACCCUCUCCAUGAGAGCUUUCGCAUCGAUUGCGCUUCACGGCUUGAAGAAGCUCGAGUCUUUACAAAUAUCAUGUGGCCCCAUGAAAACCCUAGCUUCUGUGAGGUUCUCAACUCAACAAGCUCAAAGAUGCUAGACCUGAGCUGGAUCAUUAUGAAAAUGAUUUUGGAGAGCUUCUGCAUUGGGAGAUACUAUCAAUUCAUGGUGGAGAACAGUUCAAACUCUUUUCGUAUACUGAAACACAAAGUUCCUCCAAGCAAUGACUCCGCAGGCAUGAGUCUUAUCCCUCACACUGAUAGAAUUUUCUUGACCAUCUGGUCUGAAAAUGAAGUGCAAGGUGUUGAGGUUCUUUCUAAAGAAGGUAAUGAGUGGAUUCAAGUGAAAAUUCCAACCGGAUCCUUUAUGGUCUUCGUGGGUGAUUCGUUUAAG